GUAGGACAGCCUGCCCCGCCCACUGCGGGAUCGCCUGACUCCAUGACCUCGAGCUUGUCCGCUGUCCGGUCUUGACCGGCGACUCUGCCCUCACUCCUACCUUCCUGCCCUCAGUCCCUGCCUGCGUCACUGUCCUCAACCUGGGGCCUGCCUCCGCGCAAGUUAGCAACCUUAGGCACUCGUGAAUUGCAGCCCCGGCCAGGGUAGCCGGCGCCCAGCGCCUUUCCCUGGGACCCCACAGUGCUUUCAGAUCUGCUAUGCUUUCCUGAACCAUCCAUCAGGCACUUGAGAGGCACCCUAAGGUACCGGUUAGGUGAUCAUGACAGACAAAGCCAUGAAAGGAGCCUAUUGCGGGAAUCCAGGUGGGAAUCCUCACCAGGUCUCCCUGCUCAGCCUUUCACAGGCACACCCUUGGCCGCAGGUCUCAGAUUAAAUCAGUCUUUCAUUCCCUUAUUGGGAGAAAGUAACUCCUCAGACCUGGAAUGAGGAGACCGAGUUACGGAAGAAAGGACAUUAGUACUGCUCUCUGAAGAACCUGUGGGCAGAAGGAGGGAGGGUGUUUGUCCUGGGUGGGGCCCCGUGCCGGUCCUCUGGGUGGCUGUGAAGUGGUGAGAGCGAGGGGGUGGGACUGCCGGACUUCUGGACUUUGGGCAGUGCAGAUCUUUCUAAAUCCUUAGCUGUAGUUGAGAGUUUCUUCCGGGCUCAGGCCUGGGAGCCGCCUGAAGCCAAGGGCUCUGCUCUUUACACAGCCCGGGCAAGAUCCCCCUUCCAGGAUGUCAGGCCUGGUGUUGGGGCAGCGGGAUGAGCCCUCAGGACACCGGCUCAGCCAAGAAGAGAUCCUGGGCAGUACCAGGUUGGUGAGCCAAGGGCUGGAGGCCCUACACAGUGAGCAUCAGGCUGUGCUGCAGAGCCUGUCCCACACCAUUGAGUGUCUGCAGCAGGGAGGCCAUGAGGAAGGGCUGGUGCAUGAGAAGGCCCGGCAGUUGCGACGGUCUAUGGAGAACAUUGAACUGGGACUGAGUGAGGCCCAGGUGAUGCUGGCUCUGGCCAGCCACCUGAGCACAGUAGAGUCGGAAAAGCAGAAGCUGCGGGCUCAAGUGCGGCGGCUAUGCCAGGAGAACCAGUGGCUUCGAGAUGAGCUAGCGGGCACUCAGCAGCGCUUACAGCGUAGUGAACAGGCUGUGGCCCAGCUGGAGGAAGAAAAGAAACACCUGGAGUUCCUGAGGCAGCUGCGCCAGUAUGAUGAGGAUGGGCACAGCAUGGAGGAGAAGGAAGGAGAUGUCACCAAGGAUUCCCUGGAUGACCUCUUCCCCAGCGAGGAGGAGGAAGAUUCCAGCAAUGGCUUGUCCCGUGGCCAGGGUGCUGCAGCAGCCCAGCAGGCCGGAUAUGAGAUCCCAGCAAGGUUGCGGACCCUGCACAACCUGGUCAUCCAGUAUGCAGCUCAGGGUCGCUAUGAGGUGGCUGUGCCACUCUGUAAGCAGGCACUAGAGGACCUGGAGCGCACCUCUGGCCGAGGUCACCCUGAUGUGGCUACUAUGCUCAACAUCCUGGCUUUGGUGUAUAGGGACCAGAAUAAGUACAAGGAGGCUGCCCAUCUGCUGAAUGAUGCCCUCAGAAUCCGGGAGAGCACCCUGGGCCGGGACCACCCAGCCGUGGCUGCCACACUCAACAAUCUGGCUGUGCUGUAUGGCAAAAGGGGUAAAUACAAGGAGGCGGAGCCAUUGUGCCAGCGGGCACUGGAGAUCCGAGAAAAGGUCUUGGGCACCAACCACCCAGAUGUGGCGAAGCAGCUGAACAACUUGGCCCUCCUGUGUCAAAACCAGGGCAAGUAUGAGGCAGUGGAACGUUAUUACCAGCGGGCGCUAGCCAUCUAUGAGAGCCAGCUAGGGCCAGACAACCCUAAUGUAGCUCGGACCAAGAACAACCUGGCUUCCUGUUACCUAAAGCAGGGCAAGUACUCAGAGGCUGAGACUCUGUACAAAGAAAUCCUGACCCGUGCCCAUGUACAGGAGUUUGGGUCUGUGGAUGAGGACCACAAGCCUAUCUGGAUGCAUGCUGAGGAGCGGGAGAAAAUGAGCAGAAGCCGUCACCGUGAGAGCGGCACACCCUAUGCAGAGUACGGAGGGUGGUACAAGGCCUGCAAAGUGAGCAGCCCCACAGUGAACACUACUCUGAGAAACCUAGGGGCUCUGUACCGGCGCCAGGGAAAGCGGGAGGCAGCUGAGACCUUGGAGGAAUGUGCCCUGCGUUCCAGGAAGCAGGGGACUGACCCCAUCAGUCAGACCAAGGUGGCAGAGCUGCUUGGGGAAGGUGAUGGCAGAAGGAUUUCCCAGGAGGGCCCUGGGGACAGUGUAAAAUUCGAGGGAGGUGACGAUGCAUCAGUGGCUGUGGAGUGGUCAGGGGAUGGCAGUGGCACGCUGCAGAGGAGUGGCUCUCUGGGCAAGAUCCGGGAUGUGCUUCGUAGAAGCAGUGAGCUCCUGGUAAGGAAGCUCCAAGGGACUGAGCCUCGGCCUUCCAGCAGCAACAUGAAGCGGGCCGCCUCGCUGAACUACCUGAAUCAACCCAGUGCAGCCCCACUCCAGGCUUCCUGGGGCCUCAGUGCCAGCACGAUGGACCUCUCUUCAAGCAGCUGACAUUCAAACACCCCCCUAACCCAUCCCCCCCCACUUUCCUAUCUGCUGGGUCCCCACAGCAUUCCCUAUCGCUCCUGUGUCUUCCCCAAGCCAAAGGGAAGGUGAAGAAGGAACAAUUUAAACGGAAGACGGCUCUAGGGUCAAGGCUCCUUCCUCAGGAAGGGCCUCAGGAUAGGCUCUCUACUUUGUAGUCCUGUAGAGUAGUUCACUGAGGCCCCCAAUGUGGGUGAAAAGCAGGUAUGCACCUCCAGGAUGAGCCUGCUGCUGAUUUUUCUAUCAGAGGGUUUGGGGCUGGUCUCUUUCAUCCCCUGCCCUCUGCUGCCUCACAUCAGGUCCAUGUAUUUCACGAUGUUUCUUUAAUAAAAGAAUCAGGUAACCUUUUG